UUUUCAGUUCCACUGAAAAUAAAGACAUAGAAGAACCAGCCGUCUAUAGAAGGCCAAAGAUAUGCACACGGCAAACGUCUGCUCAGGUAGCAGAAACCGAGAAAAAGGACGACCCCUUCGAUAGUUCCUUAGAAGAACUUAGGAAAACUGAAAGAAGAAUUGCAAGGAAUUUCUCCCUAGUAAAGAAAGACGAGGACAAGGAUUUGGUUACCUGUAUUUUUGACCACUUGCAUGAGCUUAUCAAUUCUCCAGAGUUUGAUUUGAUCCGAGGUGAUAUGAAUACUUGUUUCCCGAAUUUUGAGGAGGAAAUUCGGAAAGGAAAGGCAGAUCUAUCUAGAAAGGACCUCUGCGUUAUCAUUGCUGGAGAGACCAGUGCAGGGAAAUCAACUCUCAUCAAUCGAUUAGUAGGUAAACAAAUUUUUACACCAGACGUUUCAGAAACAACAUCAACAAUCUGCAGAGUUCGAAAUUCUGGAAAUAAAAAUCAGAUUGAAUGUAAAAUUUUUGGAACCGAUAAUCAAGUUUUAGAAGAGAAAUCAUUUCCUAAGGGAUUCGAGGUUUCAAUGAAGGAAUUCCUUCAAGAGUAUGUCGACGAAAGACCGGCAACUAGCUCAAUAUAUAUUGAUCAUGUUGAUGUUAGUCUUUCCGUGCCAUUUUUGAAGGGUAAUACAAUGAUUGUUAAUACACCUGGUAUUGGAGGCUCAAAAGAUCUUGAAGUAAAAAUGAUGGAAUAUUUGCCUAAUGCUACAUCUUUUGUUUUUGUCAUGAGUGUGGUGAGCGCUGGAGGUUUGCAAGAAGAUCGGCUAAUUAAGAUACUCCAAGAAGUGAUGAAACUCCACGAUGACCAAGACAUACCAUGUUUUGAUCCCCGAGACGCCUUGUUUGUGUCCAACAAGUGGGACGCAGUCCAUAAGGAACAAUGUGAAAAGACAUGGCGAAAAAUUCAAGAAAAAUUGAAAACAUGUUGGCCAUCAUUUUCAUCGGAAAAUGUGUUUCGGACAGCCUUAGAUCCGCCAUAAAAAGUGGAAAACAUGAGAGAGUUCCAAAAAGAAUUUCAGCGAUUUGAAAAAAGUUUAUCUGACGUGAUAGAGAAGAACCAUUAUGCUCGAAGACUCAAACAUAUCAGAUUUCUUGAGGAUAUUGCCAAGGAGAUGGACAUAAGAGUAAAAGGGAGACUGCAUUAUAUAUCUUUAUCGCGUGACAACUGUGUUGAAAAGAUUAACAGUAUGUAUUCCGAAGCACUUUGCUUGGAAAAGAACGCAAAGCAGAAAAAACAAGAGCUUUGUGAUAUGAUCUCUCAAGAGUUAGAGAAAUUAAGUGAAAGACUACAUACGUUUCUUUGGUCCAUUGAUAGUAAGAAUUGCAUUCUAAAUCCUCCAAACAAAAAAAGAAUUUUGUCUGUAAGAUAUCACAAACUUGAGAAAAAAGUCGGGAAAAGAAUGAGAGAUUAUAUUAGUGAAUGGCAGAGAGGAGCUGAAGUAGUCACCGUCAAAGGAUCUAUUGUCGAUCGCAUAACACUUUCCUUUUCUGAAAUUCAACACAAAAUUAAAGAAAUAGAGAAAGCAGUCAAAGGACCCUUGAAAGAAAACCAAAAGGGAGAUCAACAGCAGUCAUAUUAUCAAACCCCGCUCCUCAUCGGCGCUGUGGCAACUGCUCCACUGUGGAUACCCAUUCUGGCGGCAGCUGGUACACUCUGUGCUGUAGCUGGAUUUGUUCUAUCUCCGAUGCUGAUUUUGAAAAUUAGAGAAUGGAGUAAGGAGGAAAAGAAAGCCGAUGUAAUCAACGCAGCGUUCAACGAAAUUAGAGCACAGUACACUACAGACAAAAUUAAAUCUGAAUUGGAAGAUAUGUACUGCAGUCACUACAGGAAACUUGUGAAAAGGUUAUUUGCUGAAACAACAUAUAAACAAAUUGAAAAUUUAUUAGAAACAAUUUCAAGACUAGAAAAAGAGCGAGGAAGUUAUCUUGGAAAAAAGAAAGAGCUUGAGUUCCUACAAGAUAAAAUAGAAACCAUUCAGCGUCUGGCAUCUGUUGAGAUAAAGAACCUUUUUGAUUAUAGAGAUGAAGAUACUAAACUUUAAAAAAUUAUCUCAAUGAAAAAUAUUUUGUACAUAUUAAAACAAAAAUAAAGUAAGGCAGCAAGAAUACUUAUUUUUCAAAAAAUGAUUUCAAUUUAGUUGUUAUGAACAAUAUUAACAGGCCACACCCUCUAUAAACCCUACAUAUUUUUCAAGUACAUGUAGAUAGAAAGUUCCAUGGUCAAAUUAAGUGUAAAACCAAAGGCCUUAUAAUUAUAAAAGCAAGUCAGCUAACUACAUGAAGAACCAAAUGACAUGUUAUAUUUGCCAACAAACUCAUUAUAGCUACAAUUGUAACAUAGAAUUUUGCAAAAUGAAGACUUUAAUUGAGAUUGUUGAAAUCUUCGGAAGCCGGUAGGUGCCAAUUUGAAAAACAAUUAUCACAUAUCAAGUCAACUAAGAUAAAUUAAGUCUAUAAAUAAAUAUAAAUAACUACAUUAAUUGUAUUCAAUUGUUUGAUAUUCAUGGCAUUCCAGUUACAUUUUUGAUAUUAAUAAAUGUAUGCAUAUUUACUCAGAAACAUGUAGAUUUAUCAAGGAUAUAAC